AUGGUUCUUUUGUUGAUAAUUGGCGCUAUUGUCGCCAUAGUGAUAAUUAUAACUAUUUAUCAAAAACUAACUGUUGGAAUAUGUAAUACAAGUGCUCAUAUGGUCGGCAAAGUUGUGAUUAUAACCGGAGGAAAUAGUGGCCUCGGACUUGAGACAGCUAAAGACUUGGCGAGUCGAGGUGCAAAAGUGAUAAUCGCAUGCAGGAACGUACGUCGAGCAACUGCGGCUAAAGAAGAAAUUGUGAAAGCAAGUGGCAACACUGAUGUACAUUUCCGACAGUUAGAUUUAGCUUCACUUCGUUCCGUUAGAGAUUUCUGUGAUCAUAUAAAUAAGACAGAGAAACGUGUCGAUGUCCUCAUUAAUAAUGCAGGCGCUGGCGGUCUUGGUAACUACAAAACAGCUGACGGAUUACACAUUGGAAUGCAAGUUAACUACUUCGGGCCAUUUUUACUUACCUGUCUAUUAGUACCGAAGUUAAAAUCGUCAGCUCCGAGUCGUAUCAUAAAUGUUUCGUCCGUUAUUCAUAAAUAUGGAGAACUGGAUUUCGAAAACUUAAAUAUGGAAAAAUAUUGGAGUGACUAUUUAGUGUACGCCAAUAGUAAACUGUUUCUUAACAUGAUUACAUUAGAACUGAGCAAGAGACUGGAGGGCACGAGUGUAACGGUAAAUGCUUUGCAUCCAGGGGUGGCUGCAACAAAUAUAUUUAGAAACAUUCCUAGUAAGAUAAUUAAGGGAAUUUUAUUAGCAGUUAUAGGUUUAGUAUUUCAAAGUCCAUGGGAAGCAGCACAGACUUCUAUAUAUUUGGCUGUAGCCUCAGAACUUGAUAAUGUGAGUGGAAAAUACUUUAGUGAUUGUCGGCAAAAGUUGCCCUCUAAGAUAUCGAGAGAUCCUGAAUUGGCAAAGAAAUUAUUUGCAGAAUCAGAAAGAUUAGUCAAAUAUACAUUGCCUGAUAACUAG